AUGCAGGGGCUGAGCCCUCAGCGGCCAGGCACCAGGACACGCACUGUCGCCACGCUGGGGUCCCGGCCUGCCUGUUCCGACCUCUGCCUGGGGCCCAGCCCCCCAGAUCCGGGCGUCCCCGCCCCUGGGCUCUCCAGUCUGCCUCCAACCCCCCUGGGCCCCGAGUCCUCGACACCCUCCGAGGAAGGCACGGACAGCCAGGCCCCUCCGGGCAUUCGGGCCCCCGACAGUGAGCCCCUGCUGGAUGCCGGGCCCCCGACGGGGGAUGAAGAGCAGGAGGAAGAAGAGUGCCCGGUGUGCACGGAGCCCUAUGGGCCGGGCGAGCACCACCUGACGCUGCUCCACUGUGGCCACGGCCUGUGUGUGGGCUGCCUGCGCCGGCUGCUGGGCACAGCCCCGGGGGCAGACCUGGGCCGCGUGUGCUGCCCACUGUGCCGCCAAAGGACACCCAUGCUGGAGUGGGAGAUCUGCCAGCUGCAGGAGGAGCUGCUGCGGGCCGACGGGCCCCAGCGGCCCCCGCCCCCCACGCCCCCACCACGGGGUCCUGGACCCUGGAACUCCCUCGAGCACCGCUACCGGCUCCGCUUCCUAGCAGGACCCCUGGGUGGCCGGGGCUGCCUGCCCUUCCUGCCCUGCCCACCGUGCCUGGGCGCCUGGCUCUGGGCCCUCCGGGAGCGCGGCCCCUGCGCCCGCCGCCUGGCACUGCUGGGCCUGCUGGGCCUGGAGCUGCUGGGGCUGCUGCUUGUCUUCGCGCCUCUCAUGUUGCUGGCGAUGCUCUUCGUGCUGCUGGCCCGCUCGGGCCACUGA